UGAAUCAGUUCAUUGUGCAGGUAUGAGGUCCCCUCUGUUGGCACAUCUUGUUUUCUCACUGCUCCUGGCAGCAGGGAGAGAAGUCACGGGGGAGGAGGUGGACAGGAAGCCCAACUUUGUUCUGAUGAUGGUGGACGAUCUCGGCAUUGGUGAUAUAGGAUGCUAUGGUAAUGACACCAUCAGGACUCCAAACAUAGACAGACUUGCUUCUGAAGGGGUCAAGUUGACUCAGCACAUUGCAGCUGCCCCUCUCUGCACCCCGAGCCGUGCCGCUUUUAUGACCGGGCGCUAUGCACUCCGCUCAGGGCUUGGUAGCACAGGUCGUGUGCAGGUGCUGCUGUUCCUCGGAGGUUCAGGGGGGCUGCCACCCAGUGAGACCACCUUUGCUAAGAGGCUGCAGCAACAAGGAUACACCACAGGCUUAGUGGGUAAGUGGCACUUGGGUGUGAGCUGUGAACACAGAGGGGACCACUGUCACCAUCCGAACCAGCAUGGCUUCAGCUACUUCUAUGGCAUGCCGUUCACCCUGUUCAAUAACUGUGUGCCCGGAGAGGGAAAUGAUGUCCUCGCAGACCUCCAGCACACACUCAGAAAUCUGACAAUGUUUCUUGGAAUUGGACUUCUCACACUGGUGUGUGUCCGUGUGUGCGGCCUCCUUGAUGUCAGCCGGUGGCUAGUGGUAGCACUUUUUUUUCUCAGUAUCCUAGCAACCGGUGUGUGGUACAUGCCCUUUAAACUCCUGCCAACUUGGAACUGCAUCAUCAUGAGGAACCAAGAAGUGAUCGAACAGCCCAUGACAGUGGAGACGCUGCCCCAGAGGCUGCUGGGAGAGGCACAAAACUUUAUCAAGAGGAAUGUUGAUCGUCCAUUCCUCCUCUUCUUCUCAUUGGUCCAUGUCCACACGCCACUCUUUAAAACCCCCGCCUUUGCUGGCAAAAGUCGCCAUGGUCGCUACGGUGAUAACCUAGAAGAAAUGGACUGGAUGAUUGGUAAAAUUACAGAGACGGUGGACUCCCUCGGCCUAGCCAACAAUACUCUAAUGUACUUUACCUCAGACCAUGGUGGACACAUUGAGGACGCAGAUUCCAGAAUCGGGCAGAAAGGAGGCUGGAACGGCAUCUAUAAAGGUGGUAAAGCUAUGGGAGGCUGGGAGGGGGGGAUCAGGGUGCCCGGUAUAUUCCGCUGGCCUGGCAGACUGGAAGCUGGAAGAGAAGUGGACGAACCUACAAGCCUCAUGGACCUGUAUCCCACACUGAAACAUUUGGCCAAGGACACACAACCAGACAGACAAUUAGAUGGCUAUAACCUCAUGCCACUGUUGGAGGGGCAGGCAGAGCGGUCAGAGCAUGAAUUCAUGUUCCACUACUGUGGAAUCUACCUGAACGCAGUACGCUGGCACCCACCUGGAAGUGACUCCAUCUUCAAGGUGCACUUUUUCACUCCCAACUUUUCUCCCUCGGGAGCCGGCGGAUGCUACGACACAAAGGUCUGCCUGUGUCACGGAAAACAUGUGACACACCACAACCCACCACUGAUGUACGACAUUUUCAACGAUCCCUCAGAGUCUCGCCCACUGACCCCUGAUACUGAGCCACGAUAUGCUGACGUCCUUGAGCAGACCGCCAAAGCUGUGGAGAGACAUCAGAAUUCCCUCACAAAUCAGCCAGCAUCUGAUGAUACUAUGCAGCCAAAUGCAGGUGCAGGCAGCGUGGAAAGCCAAAUGUCAUGGAACAAGAUUCUGUGGAGACCCUGGCUUCAGCCUUGCUGUGGGACUUUCCCAUUCUGUGGCUGCAAAGAGGGCACAUCACAUAGUUAAGGUAAAAAAAUAUCCACAACGGAGUCUUAAAUACCAACACUAACAGAGCUCUGGGACCACUCAUUUAAAGUUUAUAACUUUACAUAUUUUUACCAUUUUGCAACCAAUAAUAGCAUAAGUUGAGCUCCUCAGGGAACUAACUUAAUGUUAACAUUAACCCCUGGUGGUUCCAUUUUCUUAAUAAUAAGAUAAUAUUAGCAAGGCUAACACAGUCAUGAUCUCAACAUAAUUAAACCAUUUGCUUUUGGAUUUAUUUUGAAACAUGAGACUAAUUCACAAGACCAGCAACCAUAAUGCCAAUUUUUUUCUGGUUCCAUUUCAGAGAGAGUGAACCUACAUUUAAAGGAAAUUGAGACAGGCGUGAGAUUUUUUAUUGUAAGGGCCCUGAACUGAUGCCCCUUUAUAUUACUAUUGUAGCAGUAAGAUUACACUAAUUCUAGGGUGAGAUUUUCCCUUUGUCCACAUGCUUACAUCAUCUAUAAGUCCACACGUUGAAGCUGAUAUUUAAAAAAAAAAAUCUUUCAAUCAACCAGUUACAUGAAAUCAUAAAAUGUUACAGCUCCAGUAAAAUGUGAUCCAGGCAGCUCCUUCAACUUGUGCAUUGCAGUUUAGUCUUUUUGUGCCUCUUUUACACUGAUAGCUGUUGCUUCAUAGCUGUCCAUGUUUCCAAAUGGUUUUGGUAAUCCAUGGUUUCUGGUUGUAGAAUGACUUCACUGUAGUUUUGGUUACAGUUUCUUCUGUUGUUUUACAAAGUAAAUCCACAAUAGACUCAGUAAGUGUGUUUACAUGGACAUGACUACCUUGUUUAUGAGGCUUAUCACAGUUAUGAGUACAUUUGGGAUAUGGUGUUUACAUAAGCACAGAGAAAUCAUGUCAUUCAUAUUUCCUAUAUACAUCCUUGUUUCCUCAUGAGCACUCCAUGUAGCAUAUUUGGGUUUCUCAUAAACAGAAUAUGGUGUUUAUAUGCUCAAACACAUAAACUGGAUACUCUUAAACAUGAUCGGGUUUUUCAUGUUCAUGUAAACACACUAACUAUUUGAUGUCGGUAACAUCACUAUGUCAUCAGCGAUGUCACCAGUGGUGUCCUGGAGCUUGCUCCAGUAAGCAAAAUGAAAAUCAACAAUAAACUACCUUCAAAAGUGAAGCUAAAAUUAAAAUGAAGUUACCCGAAAAUGAAGUUUAAAGAAUGCAUUGGCUGCACUCUGCCUGUGGUAAGUGCAUUUUUACACUGUACGCACUAGCAAUAGUGCCCAAAAAGAUGCAUCUUUGCACACAUGAAGGAACAACUGGAUGUUUACAUGUGUCAUUCAUUAGGAGAAGGAUCUGUUCAGUUGGUGCUAUUAUUUAAAACAAUGAGUAAAUAACAUUAGUGCUUUAAAGAUGUGACACAAUGAAGUGGUUAAAAAAUAAAAAUCCAUAACUGAC